AAAAAAAAAACCAGCUUUCAGACAAAAGCCCUCUCUCUCUCUCUCUCUCUCUCUCUCUGUAAUUUCGAAGACGUUAGCGAGAAAAUUCGCAGACACUUCGCAGAAACUUCUCAGAUUCUGAGAGAGCCUCCAAAAAAUUCUUCAGGCAUCGAAUUCGUUCUCUUUUUGGAUCGGAGCUUCGUUUGGUUGCUGAGAAAACGGACGAUGAGAAAGAAAAUAUAAAAAAAGAAAAAAGAAAAGUUGUUGCUGUUUUGGCUUCUUUUUUUUUUUUUUGUUUUUUACUUACUGGUUUUUUUUUUGGGUGUUUGUUUCUGGAAAUGAAAGGAUUCGAGUCAAAGUUUGAGCUUUAUUAUUAGUCUAAGCGACUAAAAGUAGAAAGCUCGAUCUUUUCUGUUUGGUGUGAUUUCUGUUUGUUGUUAAUUUCUUGGGAAUCACGCGGGGAAGUUUUUGAGUUUUUGAUUGGAAACUCGGUGAAGAUGCAUACGAGGUACAUGGAGAGAUCGAACAGCAUGGCAAGGGAGAAGCGAAGUUUGGAUUCAACAUCUGCGGAAGAAGGUCAGCCCGAUAGGAAACGCCCUGCCCUGGCUAGUGUAAUUGUUGAAGCUCUAAAGGUGGAUAGUCUGCAAAAACUUUGCUCAUCAUUGGAGCCUAUUCUUCGUAGAGUUGUUAGUGAAGAGGUGGAGCGUGCUUUAGCAAAAUUAGGACCGGCAAAGCUUACUACAAGGUCUUCUCCUAAACGCAUAGAAGGGCCUGAUGGAAGAAACUUGCAGCUGUACUUCAGAUCCAGGUUGUCCCUUCCUCUUUUCACUGGCGGGAAAGUAGAAGGGGAGCAGGGUGCUGCAAUCCACAUUGUCUUGAUUGAUGCAAACACAGGCCACGCUGUCACAUCAGGUCCAGAGUCCUCUGUGAAACUAGAUGUUGUUGUUCUUGAAGGUGAUUUUAACAAUGAGGAUGAUGAUAACUGGACUCAAGAAGAAUUUGACAGUCAUGUGGUAAAAGAGCGUGAAGGAAAGAGGCCAUUACUAACAGGGGAUUUGCAAGUGACACUGAAGGAAGGUGUAGGAACACUAGGGGACCUGACAUUUACAGACAAUUCUAGCUGGAUUCGGAGCAGGAAGUUUAGACUUGGUUUGAAGGUUGCCUUGGGCUACUGUGAAGGCAUUCGCAUACGUGAAGCAAAAACUGAUGCCUUUACUGUUAAGGAUCACCGUGGAGAAUUAUACAAAAAACACUAUCCACCUGCAUUGAAUGAUGAGGUUUGGAGAUUAGAGAAAAUUGGAAAGGAUGGGUCAUUUCACAAGAGGCUUAAUAAAGCUGGAAUAUUUACAGUUGAAGACUUCCUGAGACUUGUGGUUAGAGACUCACAGAGAUUGCGAAAUAUUCUGGGAAGUGGCAUGUCCAAUAAGAUGUGGGAUGCACUUGUGGAGCAUGCGAAGACCUGUGUUCUCAGUGGGAAGCUUUAUGUGUAUUAUCCUGAUGAUGCAAGGAAUGUUGGUGUUGUUUUUAACAAUAUCUACGAGUUGAGUGGCUUAAUUGCUAAUGGACAAUAUUACUCAGCUGAUUCUCUUUCUGAAAGUCAGAAGGUUUAUGUAGACACUUUGGUGAAGAAGGCAUAUGAAAAUUGGAUGCAUGUUGUAGAGUAUGAUGGCAAGUCUCUACUAGGCUUUAAACAGCCCAAUAGUUCAGAUGCUUCUCAAGCUGAGGCUCCAAGGGUCUCAGAGGAGUAUACAAACUCAUUUGACCAGCAGUUCACACUACAAAACCUGCCAGUACCAGUUCCUUCUGAUCAGCCCACUAUGGAUCCAGGCCUAGCUGUUGGAGGUUAUGAUAAUAUGGCUACCAGAUUCUCAAUGCAAUCACAGAACGUCAAUCUCAAUACUUCUAUUCAGUUUGAUAGUUCUUCAUUUGCUCUACAGAAUCAGUUACCCAGCACUUCGCACCAGGCCCAAUUUCAAAGAGCUGAAAAUGUUCUUGCCCUUGGUCCACCACAGUCAUCCGCAUCAGGCUUUCAGAAUAUUGGAACAUCCAAUCUUAAUUCUUUUAGGGGGGUUGAAGACUUCUUCUCAGAGGAAGACAUUCGUAUGAGGAGCCAUGAGAUGCUUGAAAAUGAAGAUAUGCAGCAUUUGCUUCGUAUCAUUAACAUGGGAGGCCAUGGUCAUGGAUCUAUCAAUGUUUCAGAAGAUGGUAUUCCAUAUUCAUCAGCAUAUAUGGGCACACCAUCUCUAAACUACAACUUUGAUGAUGAUCGCUCACGUUCUUCUGGCAAAGCUGUUGUAGGGUGGCUGAAGCUCAAGGCAGCCCUUCGGUGGGGCAUUUUUAUCAGGAAAAAGGCUGCUGAGAGACGGGCCCAGCUUGUCGAGUUGGAUGAUUCAUAAACAUGGAAUGGGAGGCAAAGAUGAUCCGGAUUUGGUGUCAAUAUGCUUCAUCUUCCCUGCCUACCUAAUUAUAUGUGCCGAAGUUCUAACCAAGCAAGGACUAUGAUCUUGGUCAUAAACUCUUUUUAAGUCUGAACUCCUGCCGUUGGAUUAUAACCUGACAUCUGGAAACCUCUCUGCUUGUACAGUUCCUACCUGUACAGUGAUGCUUACAUCUUCUGUGUACUGCUUUAGAGUUGCAUUUUAUUCUCCAUUACGAUGUUUUUCUCUCAACAUCUCUACCUGGAAAUUCUUUAAGCAACAGAAUUUAGCUGUUUCAACUGAAGAUGUAUGUCAACAGGAGACCUGCAAGACUUUUCAGUUGGAAAAUUUUCGCGAAGCUGGAACUCAGCAUAGCAUAGGCCCUCUCUUAAUUAUAUUUUGUAAGUGACGGGAAAUAAGUGGAAUUUCCACUUCUACUUAUGACUAGUAUGUAUCUUAAAUGUGCUCUAAGUUGUACUGUAUUAGUGAAGACUUAUUUUCCUUCCGAACAGGAGAAUAAUCAAUGUUAGUGAUAAAUUUGUCGGAUUAAACCUUUAA